UCUCAGGCACACCAUGGAUACGACUGGCCACAGCGUCCUCCUCCUCCAGCAGCUGAACAUGCAGCGGGAGUUUGGCUUUCUGUGUGACUGCACAGUUGCCAUUGGAGAUGUUUACUUCAAAGCCCACAGAGCGGUGCUCGCUGCUUUUUCAAACUAUUUUAAGAUGAUAUUUAUUCAUCAGACGAGCGAAUGCAUAAAGAUUCAGCCUGCAGACAUCCAGCCUGACAUAUUUAGUUACUUGUUGCAUAUCAUGUACACCGGGAAAGGGCCAAAGCAGGCCGUCAGCCAGAGCCGACUGGAGGAGGGCAUCCGCUUUCUCCACGCAGACCACCUCUCCCAUAUUGCCAUCGAGAUGAACCAAGUGUUCGCCCCAGAGCCAGUCCAGUCUUCCAACUUGUACGGCAUCCAGAUCUCGACUGCACACAAACCAACGAAGGAACACCUGGGAGCGAAGGAGAGUCUGCCCAAGGUGGGCAGCAGGUCUGCUGCCCAGGGUGAUCACCCGCAGCUGCAGCUCUCUCUGGCCAUCGGCCUGGACGACAGCUCCCUGGACCAGCAGGUCUCUCGCCCCUCCGCUCAGCCCGCUGCUCUUGCCAAGCCGGCAGAAGAGCGCCCGAAGCUCUCAGUCUCCAUAAAGCAGGAGAGGUGUGACUCGGAGCCCGUGGUGUCCCAGAGCUGCACUCCUCCUUCUCCGGAGGUAGCAAGCCCCAUCUUCGCUAAGGCCAGCCUCAAGGUGCACCUGUGUCACUACUGUGGGGAGCGUUUCGAUUCCCGGGGUGGGCUGCGGCAGCACUUGCACACCCACGUCUCAGGCUCGCUGCCGUUCGGCGUGCCUGCCUCCAUCCUGGAGAGCAGCGACCUGGGGGAAGUGCAGCCUCUGGCUGAGGACAGGGAAGCUGGCGAUGGCCACCGGCUUGGGGCCUUCCUCCUCAAGGAGGAUGAGCAUCAGCUGGAGCAUCCAAGCUGCAGUGACCUGGAGCCUCUACAGAUCGGCCAGCUCUCCCUCAUCUCCAAGGACCACGAACCGGUAGAGUUGAACUGUAACUUUUCUUUCUCGAGAAAGAGAAAAAUCAGUUGCACCGUCUGCGGCCGCACAUUUUUCCGGAAGAGCCAACUGCUCGAACACAUGUACACGCACAGAGGGAAACAGCACAAGUACAGUCGCUGCCAGCGGCUGGAGAGCCCUGUGACCCCCAGGUUUCAUCCUUACUGUGACAGCGAGAGCAUGGGGAAAAGCUCCAGUUUAUCCCAAGACCACUUAGAUGAAUGUAUACUGGAGUCGGAUCUCAUCCAAGAAAGUGUUGAUACAAUCCUGGUAGAGUAG